GGUUACUACGAGUGUUUGAACAGGUAACUUCUACCUUUGAACUUCUGUUGCAACAGGUUCAAAGUUUCCAGGGGAGCUGGUUGGCCACUCUCAGGACAGUACGCAUUGCCUUCAGGUGUGGCCAGUCCUCAGUGCUGUGGAAAAGGCAGAGGUGCCUGCCGGCAGUGGCAGUGCUAAGCCCCUACAGCCAGCUGUGAGGGGCGCAUUCCCUGCACCCAGGAAGUGAGCGGAUCCUUCCAGGCCUGCAUUUCCUGCUGUUAUUCGCAAAGAUGCUUUUUAUCUUUAACUUCUUGUUUUCCCCACUUCCAACCCCGGCACUGAUCUGCCUCCUGACUUUUGGAGUCGCCAUCUUCCUAUGGCUCGUCAACAGACCUCGCCCAGUUCUGCCUGCAGUUGAUCUGAACCACCAGUCCCUGGGAAUCGAGGGAGGAGCACGGAAGAAUGCUCGCGAGAAGAGCAAUGAACUCCUAAGCUACUACUUCUCAGAUGCCAAGACGAUGUAUGAAGUUUUUAAAAGAGGACUUGCUGUGUCUGACAAUGGGCCUUGCUUGGGAUACAGAAAACCAAACCAGCCCUACAGAUGGCUGUCCUACAAGCAGGUGUCUGAUCGAGCAGAGUACCUGGGAUCCUGUCUUUUGUAUAAAGGAUAUAAGCCAUCACCAGACCAAUUUGUUGGCAUCUUUGCUCAAAACAGGCCAGAGUGGAUCAUCUCUGAGUUAGCUUGUUACACGUACUCCAUGGUAGCCGUGCCCCUGUAUGAUACCUUGGGAGCAGAAGCCGUCAUAUACAUUAUCAACAAGGCUGAUAUUGCCAUGGUGAUCUGUGAUACACCCCAAAAGGCAUCAGUCCUGCUCGAAAACGUGGAGAAGGGCCUCACUCCAGGCCUGAAACUGAUCAUCCUCAUGAAUCCCUUCGAGGAUGACCUGAAGCAAAGAGGGGACAAGAUCGGAGUUGAGCUCUUAUCCUUCUUGGAUGCUGAGAAUAUAGGCAAAGAGAAUUUCAGAAAACCCGUGCCUCCUGAACCAGAAGACCUGGGCAUCGUCUGCUUUACCAGUGGGACCACAGGUGACCCCAAAGGAGCCAUGCUAACCCAUCAAAAUGUUGUUUCGAAUGCUUCAGCUUUCCUCAGAUGUGUGGAGGAAAGCUUUGCACCCACCCCUGAGGAUGUGAGCAUUUCCUACCUCCCCUUGGCUCAUAUGUUUGAGAGGGUUGUACAGAUUGUUGUGUACUCGUGUGGAGCCAGAGUUGGGUUCUUCCAAGGAGACAUUCGGUUGCUGCCCGAUGACAUGAAGACACUGAAGCCCACAUUGUUUCCCGUGGUGCCUCGACUCCUCAACAGGAUCUACGAUAAGGUUCAAAAUUCAGCCAAGACUCCCUUGAAGAAGUUCAUGUUGAAAAUGGCUAUUUCCAGCAAAUUCAAUGAGGUGAAAAGGGGUAUCAUCAGACGCAACAGUUUGUGGGACAAGCUCAUCUUUGCAAAGAUCCAGGACAACCUGGGCGGGAAGGUGCGCAUCAUGGUCACUGGCGCUGCCCCCAUCUCCUCUCCCGUCUUGGAGUUCCUCCGAGCAGCAAUGGGAUGUCCGGUGUUUGAAGCUUAUGGUCAAACAGAAUGCACUGCUGGCUGUACAUUCACAUUACCCGGGGACUGGAGACCAGGCCAUGUCGGAGUUCCCCUGGCUUGCAAUCACGUGAAGCUGGAAGAUGUGCCAGACAUGAACUACUUUUCAGUGAACGGUGAAGGAGAGAUCUGCAUCAAGGGGGUCAAUGUGUUCAAAGGAUACCUGAAGGACCCUGAGAAGACGGCGGAAGCCCUGGACAAAGAUGGCUGGCUUCACACAGGAGAUAUUGGUCGCUGGCUCCCGAAUGGAACUCUGAAGAUCACUGACCGUAAAAAGAACAUUUUCAAGCUGGCCCAAGGAGAAUACAUCGCUCCCGAGAAGAUAGAAAACGUGUACAGCAGGAGUGGACCAGUGCAGCAAAUUUUUGUGCAUGGGGAGAGCUUGCGGUCAUCCUUGGUAGCAGUGGUGGUUCCUGACUCAGAAGUGCUCCCCACAUUUGCAGCCAAACUUGGGGUUAAGGGCUCCUUUGAAGAGCUGUGCCAAAACCAAAUCGUAAAGGAAGCCAUUUUAGAAGACUUGCAGAAGGUUGGGAAAGAAGGUGGCCUCAAGUCCUUCGAACAGGUCAAAAGCAUCUAUCUCCACCCAGAGCCCUUUUCCAUUGAAAACGGGCUCUUGACACCAACAUUGAAAGCAAAGCGUGGAGAGCUUUCCAAGUACUUUCAGACCCAAAUCAACAGCCUGUAUGAGAACAUGCAGGAAUAGGUUAAGGUACUGACAGCUGGAAGGGGCUCUGAGGGAGCCUGCCUUGUGGGAACAUGGAUUAAAAACUAGCCUUACGUUCAUUUUGUCUUUUCUUCUGUCUGUUGUUCUGCCUAUUAAAUUAUAACUAUAGUUUGGGGGCUUUAAAAAACAGCAUUGAGAGACUUACAAUGCUGCUUAGCUCCGGACUAAGUAAACCUUGUCUUCCCCAUCAUAAAUGUUGCGGACACUCAGGUUUUCAGGCUACUUUUAUGAACAUGCCUUUCUUCAAUGUCCUUUCAUAGUCGUUGUCCCUUCCUCAUGAUCUCCAGCCUGUGUAAGGGACCUUUUGUGACUUCUUUCAGUAAAACUUUUUCAGUAAAAGUGAACCAUCAACAGUCUCCACACUUAGACUUUCCCAUGUUCAGGAGAUGCUUAGGUUCUGCAAAGCUGUUUUAUAAUUCGCUUUCUAACUACUCCACAAAACCUUUAGAAUUUUCAAUCAAGUCUUGACCUACCACGCCUCUGAAUCUGAAAGACAGAUUUCCUCUAAGUACUUAUGUGUUUGAUUGUACUGAAGAUUUCCAAGCCUCUCUGGCUGUCUGACUUGGGAGAAUGAAAAGUUGGGCCUGUGACAUGUCCGAGAGAAUGUUCAGAUGUUAUCUACAGGGACACGACUGGUGACGAAAUCUGUCCCUUACAGUUUGCUGCUGAGUUGGAAGCUGUGGGGGACGGAGCUGGAAUAAUGUCAAGUGCACUUUCCAGUGGACGAAGCAGAGCACCGAGUAAAAACCUCCUGAACUGGGAACACAGACCGGCCUGUGCAGCAGGCUUCUCUAAGAGGAGACCCACUGGCCUCUUCCCCCAGGAACUCCAGCUCCUGCUCUGAUUCACCCCCAAACACAUGUGUUGCUUCCACUUGUAAAGUCUUUCAAAUAAUAAACUAUUGUGGAUACUUA